AUUACGUAUACCUUUUUUUCAUAGGAAACCAGCCUAAGUGUCAGGAGGCACACCUCCAAGCAAGACAUGUAUAAAAUUAUCGAUGUAUUAAAAAGCUGUCUCCACGAAGAGGAGUGAGGAUGGAGUGGGAAGGCAUCGCAGCAAAGGCCGAAGAUUGUAGAUAAGUUGGCCUUCCUGACUUCUAGCUCUGACAACCUUCAGACGCUCUGCAGGCCUGGCAGUGCAGCAUGAUUAGGAUCAAGAGGAGAAAACUGUGGGCAUCUUGCUUCUGCUUUACAGCUGCUUUUUUCCUUGUGGCGACGCUCCAGGUGAUCACUGAACUGGGUAAUUCAGAGAAGAAGGCAGCAGUAAUCUCCAGCCUUGUGGGUGGCCCAUUAAAGCCCGAGGAGAGAGAUGCUUUUCAGUUUAAGAAGCAGGAACUUCACAGCGACUUCAAGACAGAGUCUGAUGCAAAUCACUACCCUGUCCUGCUCUGGUGGUCUCCCCUGACUGGAGAGACAGGGAGAUUGGGUCAAUGUGGAGAGGAUGUUUGUUUCUUUACUAUCAACAGGACCUACCAGCACCAUCAGAUGACAAGAGCAUUUCUGUUCUAUGGGACUGACUUCACUGUAGACAGCCUACCCCUCCCUCGUGAAGGCCAUCACGACUGGGCCCUUUUCCACGAAGAGUCACCAAAAAACAACUACAAGCUCUUCCACGAACCGGCCAUCACCUUAUUCAAUCACACUGCAACGUUUAGCCGUCAUUCUCACCUACCACUGACCACUCAGUACCUUGAGGGUGUAGAAGUCCUGAAGUCCUUGAGGUACAUGAUCCCCCUGCAGAAGAAGAACAGCUUGAGGAAGAGGCUUGCACCACUUGUGUAUGUGCAGUCUGAUUGCAACCCUCCUUCUGACCGGGACAGCUAUGUGCGUGAGCUGAUGUGCCACAUUGAAGUAGACUCUUACGGGGAAUGUCUGCAUAACAGAGACCUUCCUCAGCAUCUCCGAAAUCCAUCUGCCAUGGAUGAUGGGAACUUCUAUAAAAUACUGGCACAAUACAAGUUCAUUCUUGCUUUUGAAAAUGCUAUUUGUGAAGAUUACAUCACUGAAAAACUCUGGCGGCCACUGAAACUGGGAGUAGUACCUGUGUACUAUGGUUCUCCCAGCAUUGUAGACUGGCUUCCUAGUAACAAGAGUGCAAUCUUGGUAUCUAGGUUUUCACACCCUCGGGAACUGGCCCACUACAUCAAGACACUGGAUACGAAUGACCGAGAAUAUGAGGCCUACCUUGAAUGGAAACUGAAAGGGGACAUUUCCAACCCCAGGCUGCUUACAGCAAUGAAGGAACGCAAGUGGGGAGUGCAAGAUAUCACCCAGGACAAUUACAUUGACACCUUUGAGUGCAUGGUGUGUAACAGAGUGUGGGAAAACAUCAGGAGGAAAGAAAAGGGAUGGCUGCCCCGGAGCUGGAACGCUCAGGUUAAUCACCUCAACUGCCCCAAACCCGAAGCCUUCUGGUUCUCAUCUUCAAACACGGGCUUGGCUUCACUCCGAGAGAUGUGGAUACCGAGCUUUGAGCAAGCCAAGAAAGAAGCCUGGGCACUGAGACAGCUGGUGGAAAGGAACACGAAUUUUACAGCUCAAGAAUUUUGGAUGCUUGUGUUCAAAGAAUAAACACAAAAACCUAUAAAACAGA